GUUAGAUAUAAAACACAAAGCGCUCCGAUGGUGUGACGUAAUGCGCACCGUAGAUGUUUUGCGGAUUGGUGAACGUAAAAAUCGAUCUUGAUAUCACCGAGUGAAAGUGUGCCAAUUUUCGUGGUGAGCCGCGAUGGCGAAGACAAUGAUCUUUAGAUUUGACUUGGACCAAAACACGAUUUCGCCCCCCAGCAACGACGACAGCUUUCUGUACAUCGGCUAUCCCCAACUGGCAAAGAAGCUUCAGGCCGCCGCCGACACGAAACCGAACGUCUCAAACUGCACAAUUGACUACGACAAUCACACGGCUCCGUGCAAGCAAUACAUCGUAAACCCGGGCUACGUCCCUUCGGCGGUGAAGAACAAACCGAAAGACGUCAAAAUCAAGUCCAACGGCACGGAUGACGGUUUCAAAGGCGAGGGCGCCGCGUGCGGAAGCUCCGUGGUGAGGGUCGCCCAUCAGAUGGUCUCCGGCAAGUAUCCCAUCAACCAGACGGCGAUGGUCGACGCCGAUCCCCUCCGACCGAAGAGCUUCGCGCCGUCGCGACGAAGAGGCAGCAAAUCGCUACCCGCCUCCCCCCUCACCUCGCCGCAGACCUCGCCGAAGGGCAGGCGCCGGCUGACCGUAAACAAGUAUUUCACAGGCCCGUUCGUCGACGCCGACAGCCAGCCGAACAGUUGGAUUCUGCAGGGACUUUUGAGUAAACGCGAAAUGUCGAUGUCGGUCGAGCAGAUACCGGAGGAGAGCGUCAAGAGUGAUAUUUUAAAGGCGAUCUCCUCGCUUAACGUUCACGAAACUAAACCUAGUGUUAGCAGUGCGAAGAAGGAGUUUAACGCGAAACCUUCCGAGUAUCGGGAGAUGAACUUUUGGUCCCCCACUACUAUGUAGUUUUUAAAGUGUUGGUGAUAACUUUGGACAUUUUGCAGAGACGGGUAGCGAAUAGUUUAUUUUAUUAUAAAAUACUAAAUUAGUAUAUUUAAAUAAAAGACCCUUAAUUUCUUAAGUAAAA